AGUCGGCUGCUUGUGCGCGCGGCGUUUUCUCAGCUAAGUUUUGUCAUAACCGCCGCUAUGCGAUACACACGUCAGGUGUUGUAGCUUUCAACGGUAUUUUACGUAUGAAAUUGCAACUUUUAUAGGUUACAAGGACUGACAUAUGUGUAUGUUUUUUUUGUGUUUUCUUGAAUGUGUAGAUAAAAAAAUGAUUAAAAGAAAAUUGCCGGGCGCGUGUUAAUACUUGCGCGCGCUCGCUACGACGGUGUUUUGUUUAUUUCUCAAGUUCAAAGCAGUUGACUUUAGUUUGGGAAGUUAUAUAGCGUGUCAUUGAAAAGUUCCAACGGAAGACGUUUUUUUAUUCGUUUUUUUAUUCCAAAAAAAGUGGAGCUUUUUUUGACAACGACGUCCUUACCGUGAGAAAUUAUGUGCAUGGAUGUCCAGAACAGCGAGAAGAUGGGGGACAACCUCGACGAAGAAGUGCAAAUAGUAGAGGCACGCAUCGAUAAGGAAGCACUGAACAAAGUACCAGUGAAGCAAGAACGUCCAGAUGAAGCAGAAAUCAGGGAAUUGGCUGCCAAAAUGGUGGAAGCAAACAAGGCGAAAAUGGGUACAGCUGCAGCCCAGGCAGCAGUAGUUACUUCUGUUAUGCCACCAAGGCCGCCAGGGUACAAUCAGCAGCUGUCUGGACUAUUAGGCUAUUUCAACAACAGCAAGAAGCCAGUGACAGAUCCAGCCUCUCCAAAACCUCAGUUAGAGGGCAAAGUCGCAUUAGAUGAUGAAAGCCAAAGAGGACGCUUUGGAUGGACAAGCUUUGUUGACAAUCACAUACCUUACAUAUUCAGGGCCAGUGAAAAGUACUGCGCAGUCAGGAUUCUGGAGUCCAAACUGCUCAAUAAGUACCUCAGUUACCUUCACUCUGAUAUCUACAGUUGCACAUGCAUUAGGAGUUACUACAUUACUGAGGCUGAGAGUAAACUCUUAAAUGAGAUCAACAUGAAGCACUGUGAGAAUCAGUUUGGCCGAGAACAAUUCACUUGCAAGGACCUGGUUGUCAGGCUAGUGGAUGCCAAGGAAUUCUAUACGUUUCUGGAUGUGUGUUACACAAAGCUGACCUCAGCAUCUAAUCAGAAUGCUCUUGUUGGGCAUAACAAACCAGACAAGUGUGGAUUCAUAAGAAUCAACAAGGAGUCUGUAGUUCCAUAUACUAUCAAAAGUGGCCUCAAGUUUGUUCCCCUCUUCUAUUUUGAAGGUGAAACGGACAAUCUCAAGCUCAAAGCAGAAAAGUUGGAGGGCUGGGACCUGUCGUACUUAAAGUUCUGCUGCAAGGUACAGGGUAUAAGGAAUGAACUGUUUGCGAGUGAAACGUGUUCGGUGAUCAGUUUGAAUGACAUUAAGAGUUACUUUCCUCCUGGUACGGGCUUUGAGGACUAUUGGCCCAGCAAAGUGAUGGACUCUCAAUUGUUAGUGACUAACAAAGGUAGUGGUAGUGGUGGUGGUUGGACAAAACAACCUCCUGCACCUCCGGUUACAAAAUCAGUGCAGAACAAUGUGUCAAAGAAUUCCAUGAAUGCAAGGGGUGCAGCAUUGCAAAAUAUGUUGCCACAGCGUAAUUUACCUGCGUCUACACUGCAGAGAGUCAGUCAGAGGCCAGUUGUUACUACUCAUCCAGUUCACUCUGCGCCUUCUGUCGCAUCCACUAUUAGGAAUAACCAAGUUUCUCAGCCAAUGAUGAAUGUUCAAGCGACGGUAAAUGGAUGGUCUGGACUAGUGGGUGGACAGCCUACAUUUCCGAAUCCACUUGUCUCACAGGCUAAUUCUAUCAUUAGAAUGACACCAACUAACUUGAAUAUGCACAAUCAAUUAGCUGUUAGUAAUAAAAGUUAUAAUAGACCAUCUUCAAGGAGUAGAACUGAAACUCCACAACAGUACCCAGUAUAUUCAAAUACAACUAUGCAGCCAGCUGUACCUCCUCCUCUCAUUAGAGCAACUGCGCAUUCCAGUCAACCUAAUCUAGGGGUAUCGACAACGUAUACAUCACCGAGCCUCGGCGUACCAAAUCCAGCGACGGCAAGCACUUAUCCUCAGAUGUUAGGUCUAAGCGCGGAACAAGUGCAAGCAUUGUUACCACAGCCAACAUCGGCAGCGUCGCUGAUGAGUCAUGCACAGAGGCAUACGUCACCGGUACUGAGUACCAGUCAUCCAGCUGCUGCACAUAGCAACAGUCACACUAAGUAUCCACCACCGCUCAUACCCGUUAACGGCAGCAGCAAUAACAAUAGGGAUUCGAGAGGUCGAAAACCUUUAAUUCCAAUAGCCGACACACAUCCUUCGCAAUUGUCGGUUAAUUGUCAAGUGCAACCUUACCAAGUGCAGAAAGCAUUGGUAGAGGAUAAAUUGGUGCCGUGCAUCAAUUUCAAACCUUACAUUUACUCCGAGCUACUGAUGACAUUGCCCGAUUUUGUGGCGCAGUUUUUCCCUUCAUGCGACAUCGAAAGUUGCCGGCAAGUCUUGAGCGAUGUACUCAUGGUUGAGCUUUACCAAGGCAACAGACUACAAAUGGAGAUGCUGAUGAAAAAUGGGAAAUGCACUUCGUUAAACGAGGAGUUACCGUUGAUCCAGGUACGCCAGAUAAUGCAGUACAUGCCGCAAUUGAAAUACAUGCUAAAGAAUCGAAACAUGGGUAUACCUGCUCAACCGCAGCCAGCUCACUCGAACGAGGAGCACUCGGCGAAGAAACGACAGCGCACCAGCUAGGACUGGCUACAGCCAUACUGGCCAACCUACGAUUACUAUCACUCCGCCUUCUAAAUUUUUUUUUUCGGAAGGUGCAAACUUAACGCACGUUAAACGAUUUUUUGCCCUUAAAAAUAGGGAAAAAAGUAACCGCUGCAAGCGGCGUUGCAAGGGUUCGAAAGAAAACAUGACCUACAAGAGAGAAGGGGAGAGAGUAGAUACACACACGGCGUUACUUUUCUCUCUUUUACGAUGGUUUGGAAUCCCACUAUGACGAGAGUGUAAAUAAACGAUUGACAGACAAAAAAUACGAAUGAUGCAGAGGUCAGGCGGUUGAUUGUUUAAAUCAUAUCUAGUUUGGAAGGUAUUUUCUGAAUAUUCGGCUAAACUUUUUGCGCUUAUUUUUUUCUUUGAUGAAAACUGACUGAUGGUGAUCAAUCUAUUUCAUUAGUUUUAAAUCGAGUUUAUCAUGCCUCGAUAGAUAGAUUUAAAAUAUCAACGGCCAAAACCUCAUCAAGUUCCUAGUUAUUACAUAUGUAAUCUGAUAGAAGAAGAUGCCACACUGGCAUACAUCUAACGCUGAUUCGCCUUUGUGCGAAAAUGCGACAUUAUUUAUACACGUAGAUUUACCGCAACGGUUUCUUCAACAUAAUAAUAAUGCUGCUGGUACUCAAGCAUCUUUUUUCAAGUCAGCGUUGCGCUGUAUUUUUCUUUUUUUUUUGUUUCGGUCAUUUAAAAGAUAUUAAUAAAUAAAGUCACAUGUUAUUUAUAAAUUAUGAUUUUUAAUUUUUUAUUUAUUUUACUUCAAUGAAACAUCAAUUUUGUUACACGAUAUAGUUUGGAUUUGAUUGCCUAUUGAAGUCGGAUUUAACUAAUCAUAUCCCAAAGUGUCAAUUUAUUUAAUUAAGCUGUUACAUUUCCUCUUAAAGCUGUUAUAAUAGUAUCAUGAUUAAUAGAUGAAAACGUAGUCUUCCUCAAAAAGCUAUGCAGUAUUUAUUAAAUAAACCCACCUCGGAUGAAAAAAAAAAUUUUUAUUGAAGAAACCGUAUUAAAAGUUUUCCGUGCAGCACUACCCUAGAUAAUACAGGAAAAAUAAAUAGAAAGAGAGAUCACGAGAGUUCGCUUGACAAGGAAGAGAAGCUAUACCUAUAUGAGUGACUUGUCACACGCAAGAAAAAAAAAAAGAAACUAUAGACUUUUGCAAACAAUGAUUAGAUGAUUGAGACAACGGCAUGUAUAAUGCCUAUUAAACGUCUACUGACAGUUUCUGAGGUUCGCUAAAGAAAUUGUAAAAAGCUCUAAAUAUGUAUAUUUCGAGACGUAUACAUGUACAUAUAAAUAUAAACGCUACGGUAUUAAAUUCACGCGCACGGAUUAUUCUCGCGCCUGAAUUCUAUAUCUGUCAAAUAUAAGGAAGCAGAAUAAAAUAAUAAAUUUGCUUAGUAAAAGAAAUACGACUAUCCUGUUACGGCAAAAAUGGUAUAUUUUAUUAUUUAUAUAAAUUGUAUCUAAUCGAGCGCGUGACUUGAAAGAUUCUAUUUGCCAUUUUGGAAUGAAAGACUAGAAAUACAAGAAGAUAAAAAAAGAGAACGAAUAACGGACUGGCUUCGUUGGACGAUCUUCCGCGUCGUCGAUUUAAACUUCGCCCCCCCCCCCUGCCCCUCCCAAUCUGUUAUAUACCGCGUUAGUGUGACUCUGAACAUUUGUUUAAUAACCUAGCAACCGAUAUAUAUGUGAUGGAUUUCACAAUAAGCAGGAUACAAUACAUUUCUUUUACACUACUUUGUUUUUCGCGAGCACGCGUGUUGCAAACAGGAAAAAAACAAAGUUUAUAUACAGUACUAGAAGAGAAUUAUAAUUUAUUGUUUCAAUGCUAUAGCUUUAUUUAAAUUUCAAGACAAUGUUUUUAAUAUAUAAUUAUUGCACUUUACUGUAAGUGUGAGGUAAAAAGAUUUCAACUUCAUUGACGUGUGAUUUCAGUUAUGUAUAAAUAAACAAUGAACAAAAUAAUUGAACGGCGAAGAAAGACAACUAAGACUGUUAUAAAUCAAUUAUGUAAAUUCUGCUACAAACCGUAUAGAAAUUUGUGGUAUUUCUAUAAUCAUUUUAUAUUUGAUUUUUCCUUUUUUUCUCCCCAUUCUAAUCGAUCAAUUACGUACCACUUACUUUUAAUUUACAAUUGCCUUUGAAGAAAAAAUCGCAUUUCGGCUUUCUAUUCAUUACAUCGCCGUUGCAAACUAAAAGUAUGGAAAAUUCAGUGAGUGACAAAAUAUGGUGUGAUUAAGAAAAAAAAAAAAGUCGUAGAAACCUAAAGGUAUUUUGUAUAUCACUGAAUCUCGAGAGAAAAGAACUGCGAGACCUUCAAGUCCAAAAUUUAGAAUUUAUCUGUAAUUUUUAAGGAAGCCGUUAGUUUAGAGCAUUUAUUUGUUAAAAGAAAAGAAACUUGUUAGAAACAAUACAUGUACUAUAAUUUAUCACUUCAUCGUCUGUAAAUAUAAACUCAUAAAAAGUAAACUAGAAAUAAUAGAUAUUUCAAAUAAAAUCGUG